AUGAGCUCACUCACUAGUCCUCCAAGGAUAAAGGACUUUGGUCCUGUCGAACAAUGGCAAAUUACGAUAACUUUAAAUCCACAACCUCGUACGAUCAUGUUUGCUUUCAAAGGCAAUUUAAGCUACUCCACUGCCUGCAAUAUCUUACAGCGAAAGUACGGCACAAAUUCAAUCCGUUUAUUGCAGAGAGUUCGAAUUAACCCAACAGACGUGUUAUCAAUCACCUACUACUCGACCCUUGUUGAAGUAGAAUUUUCUGACAACACCAUACGACAGCAAGUGAUUGCGCGAUCCGUACUGCGAGAACAACAUACUCAAUUACAGUAUAUCGACAACGACGACGACAACAAUAUUAAUGACGAAGAACCAACUGCUACGACAAUAGAUGUACGUGUGGUGCUGGCCUUACCUCUACUGAAUUUGAGAGCGUAUACCGUGGCAAAUGUACCAGUUGAGUAUUCAGAGAUGGUCUUUAUCAUGGUCUUUGAUACGCGGUUGAAAGGCGGCUCAAGAAUCUUGCGCGUGGUCUAG